CUGACGUCAGAUCCAGUCAUCCGAUCCGUCAUCAUCAGUUUUGAUGCAAAAGGGGAAGUUGGGAGGAACCGAGAGGAAGAUCUGGGAGUGACCGUUUGAGAAGCACCUCUUGACUUCAGUACAGGAGAUUGGGGCUUAGGGUCAUGGCAGGAAGAGGUGGAGCAACAAGACCUAACGGGCCGAACGCCGGCAACAAAAUCUGUCAGUUCAAACUAGUGCUCUUGGGGGAGUCUGCUGUGGGGAAGUCAAGUCUAGUCCUUCGUUUUGUAAAAGGACAGUUUCACGAGUUUCAGGAAAGCACAAUAGGCGCUGCCUUCUUGACUCAGACAGUAUGUUUGGAUGACACAACAGUCAAGUUUGAGAUCUGGGACACAGCCGGCCAGGAACGCUACCACAGUCUGGCCCCAAUGUAUUACAGAGGAGCACAGGCUGCCAUAGUGGUGUAUGACAUUACAAAUGAAGAAUCAUUUGCACGUGCAAAAAACUGGGUGAAAGAGCUUCAGAGACAAGCCAGUCCAAAUAUUGUAAUAGCUUUGGCUGGAAACAAGGCAGACCUUGCCAACAAGAGAGCGCUGGACUUUCAGGAUGCACAGUCAUAUGCAGAUGACAACAGUUUGCUCUUUAUGGAAACAUCGGCAAAGACUUCAAUGAACGUGAAUGAGAUUUUUAUGGCCAUUGCAAAGAAACUACCCAAGAAUGAGCCCCAGCCUGCAGGUGCCAACACAGGACGCAACAGAGGUGUGGAUCUAACAGAAACGGCACAGCCUGCGAAAGGUCCCUGCUGUAGCAACUAAACAGCGAUGGUCCUCACCUCCUAACCAACCGCAUCACAUCUGGACAUGGGGCUCCUCCUUCCAAACCUCGCUCCUUGGAUUAGCUAAAGACUCUGUAUAGCUGUGUUUCUAAUACUUUUUUUUUUUAUUUUUUAUUUUUAAGAAAAAAAAAAUGUAAAUCAGCAGUCUACUGGAUGCAUGUAUCACUACAAAUGCUAAAUACACAUUUUAACUUAAUUCAGCAGGAGAACAAACCGGAUGAAAGCGCGAGAGAGAGAGAGAGAGAGAGAGAGAGAGUGAAAUAUUGAGUGUGUUUGUAUGAGUUUAGUAUGUGGAACUGAUUAUAACCUUAUAACCAGGCCCAGGCGCAAUCUGCAGAUUAAAACAAUGUGUUAAACAAAGCUAUCCUUAGUGGUAACUGUAAGCAUAAUCAAAUUUAGCAAACUAAUAAACCUCAUGAAUGCAUUACA